GUGACCUCUAAAAAUGGUUCGCUCUUCACUUGACCCAGAAAACCCCACAAAAUCAUGCAAGUCAAGAGGUUCAAAUCUUCGUGUUCACUUUAAGAACACUAUGAAACUGCCCAGGCCAUUAAGGGUAUGCUUAUCCGAAAAGCCACCAAGUGUCUGAAGGACGUCACUUUAAAGAGGCAACAUGUGCCAUUCCGUCAUUACAAUGGUGGAGUUGGUAGGUGUGCCCAGGCCAAACAGUGGGGCUGGAUGCAGGGUCGGUGGCCCAGAAGGAGCGCUGAAUUUUCACAGCACAUGCUCAAAAAUGCAGAGAGUGAUGCUGAACUUAAGGGCUUAGAUGUAGAUUCUCUGGUCAUUGAGCACAUCCAGGUGAGCAAAGCCUCCAAGAUGCGGCACAGGACUUACAGAGCUCAUGGUCGGAUCAACCCAUACGUGAGCUCUCCCUGCCACAUUGAGAUGAUCCUUACUGAAAAAGAACAGAUUGUUCCUAAACCAGAAGAGGAGGUUGUCCAGAAGAAGAAGAUAUCUCAGAAGAAACUGAAGAAACAAAAACGUAUGGCCCAGGAAUAAAUGCUGCAAAAAAUAAAUACAAAUAAAAGUAAAAAAACAAACAAACAAGGAGUAUGGCUUUAGGACCAGACAGACCUGCCGAAGCAUCUCGGCUCUGCCACUUACCAGCUGUGUGGCUUCAUCAGGUUAAUUAACUUCCCGAGCCUCAGUUUCCCCACCUGCCUGACAAUGCAUGUGAAGGCGUCAACACAGAACCUGCCGCCACGUGGCAUGCAUGUGAACCUCCCGCUGGGGUGCCCCACCCGCUGCCUCCCUUCCCCACACGGGACAUCUGCUCCAGUAGGAAAUAACCCAUGGAGGGGGGAGACGGCAACUGAGGGCAGGUGCUCAGCAUGAUUUCACAGCAUUCCCUGAAGCCCCCUGACCUCCGGAAUUCCCAGGGAAGUGGUCACUGAGCAGCUGUGCAGUGGGGUCAGGACUAGAGCCCCCGCCCCCUGAGAGCUCUCUCUGCUACACAUCAAAGUGAUCCCAGGAGCCUCAGUGCCCAGGACGUGGGAGAGGGAAGGACCAGGGCACAGAGAGGAGGGGGAAGUCCAAGAGGUUAGGAGGGAUUGGUGUCUGGACUUGGAAGGAGCAGUCACACAAGGCUGACCUGCACCCGGGGUGACGGAGAGCAUAGUGGG